GUGGUUAAUAUUAAUCGACCCAUCAUGAGGCUGUAGCUGAUCGUGUAAGAGUUUCAGUGAAGGAUAUAUGUGGAUUAUUUUCGCUGGAUGCCGUAGUAUCACAUCACAAGCCCCUCCCACAAUAAUUCACCAUUAAAUACUGGGAAUAUUCCCAUCAUCCUCCAAGAGAAGGGCAAACUCCAGGUGUAGCAGCUGGAAUCUGUGUGACUGUUAAAGAUGGAGUUUAUUAAAGAGGAGAUUGAAGACUUGAGUCCAUCAUCUGAGGAACAAACCGACCAAAUGGAAGUGAUGGAGCAAAGACACAAAGUGAAUGAAGUGGAGGAGAAACAUGACUUCAAAACACAAGGAACAAAAGCCAAAAAGCUGCACACAUGCUCUCAGUGUGGGAAGAGUUUUUCUCAUAAAGCAGGUCUCAGUUAUCAUCUGCACGUUCACUCUGGAGAAAAACCAUUCAGCUGUGAUCAGUGUGGCAAAGACUUUAUUUCACCAGCAAAUCUAAAAACACACCUGAAAGUCCAUUCAGACGAGAGGCCUUAUGUGUGUUCCUUCUGUGAUAAAAGUUUCCGUCAGUCUGGAAACCUGAAAGCACACGAGCGAGUUCACACUGGAGAGAAGCCGCACCGCUGUACUCAGUGUGAGAAGAGUUUCAAAUGCACCAAAGCGUUCAGUAAUCAUCUGCGCGUUCACUCCGGAGAAAAGCCGUUCAGCUGUGAUCAGUGUGGUAAAGAUUUCAUUUCAAAAUCAUACCUCAAAAAACACCUCGCUUUUCACACAGGUGUUAAACCACACUUGUGUUUUCUCUGUGGAAAGAGUUUUUCAAGGCUGGAUCAUUUCAAACUGCACCAGAAAACACACACUGACCGGAAGGAUCAUGAAUGUGGUGAAUGUGGGAGGACUUACCGCUAGAUACCUGCAAGUUCACCAGAGAAUCCACACUGGAGAAAGACCUUACAAGUGCUCGUAUUGUGACAAGAGUUUCAGCGCUUCGGGAUACGUGAAAGUACACGAGCGAGUUCAUACCGGAGUGAAGCCGUUCCACUGCCCUCCGUGUGGGAAGAGCUUUGGCCAGUUAAGGAAUCUAGUGUCUCAUAUUAAAAAGCAUUGUUGUGCGUCACAGUUACCAAAUGACUUAAAUAGUUUAGAUUUGCUGUGAAAUGUAUGGAAGCUUGUUUCUGUCAUGGAAUAAAAACAUUUAAAAGAUAUUUGCGACUUUUUAUCUCACAAUUCUGACUUUUUUUACUUGCAAUUGUGAGUUUAUCUUGCAAUUCGAUCUGACUUUUU